AUGGCCCACCUGUUCAAGAACCUAACCAACAGCAUUUGGCAUGCGUUUUAUGCACUGCAGGUCGACGGUAGCAACACGGUUGCCAAGUCGAAGUUAAAGGUUCUGACAGCUAAUAUCGGCACGUUAAUGGACUUGUAUGGAGUAGAGAAGGGCCUGGAACAUUAUCGGAGCACUCAGAGUUUAACAUUUGAUCAGUACAUCUAUUAUUUGCAGAAAGAAGUAUUCUCUUCCAUCACCGAUGCCACUUCUAUACAAAUGCUAAGAGCACUAGAAGAAGGAAUCGAUGAGAUCUGCUGGCUGAUAUGUAAGAAGGUAUAUCUAGAGAGAUCCCAUCCGGUAUUUGAAGAUCACAGUGUCUACCAGUUGUUCAGAAUUUACUGUCUGCUAGCUGAAACUGAACCGGAUGCAACAGAUGCUUACCUGGUAUCAAUGCACGGCGACGAAGUGGCUCGAAUUGCUUCUCAUCUUGUAAUGUCUUUAGGCUUGCAAUGGGAUGCGACAGAUUUUUCUGCUCUGUCAGCGGCUAUCGGAAUGUUCAGGUUCCCCACGUUCCUGGCGGUUCUCGAAUCCAAGUACAGCGGCGGCAACACCUUGGACACUGUCGCGUUGACAGAGGCGAUUGAUGAUCUCUACCAGAUAUAUGUGGAGAACGUGGUGAAGAAGGGAUACUUGAUGAAAAAAGGCUUCCUGUUGCCGACGUUGCGAUAUUUCUGGUUCGUGUUGCGUCCCGGUGAAUUGGCAUAUUACAAGGAUUCUCAGCAGAAGGAACCAUCCGGACUGAUAUUGUUGAACGCUAACUGCUGGGCCGAUGCGUUGACCAACAGCGGUAAGCCCGACAGGAGAUUUGUGCUCAGCACUCCUGAGCACAGAUGUAUCGAGCUAGUGGCAGAGGAUCACAAGGGCAGGCUGCAGUGGCUCGCAGCUCUGCAGACUGCUAUUCAGCAUUCGGGCGAGAAGAUAGGCUACCAAAGGAAUCUGGCCAAUCAGAGGAGAUCCUUACGACAGGCAACUAAGCAAGAGAAAGAGGAAACCAAGCUGGAGCUUCAGCACGAGAGGCAAGCUAGAGUCGCCGCUGAGAUACAGGCACGGAAACUCGAGGCUCUGUCAAAGCAGGAGUGUGCUAAGGUACAACAGCUAGAGGACGUGAAGCAGAAGCUGGAGUUGCUACUGCAGGAGGAGAAACAAGCUUUACGUGAUGAGGAGAUAGUACGGAGUCUGCAAGCGAGAGUUUUGCGCGAAGAGUGGGAGAAAAGGGAGCAAUUGGAGAAGCUGCAGGAGGAACAGCAGAAACUGCUGGAGAUGGAGAAAAUGAAGAGACUGGAGUUCGAGCGAAUGCAACGAGAGAACGAGCGGCAGCUGCAUGACGCCGGUUUACGGCUGCAGCAACUAGAAGCAGAGAGACAACACUUGGAUACCGAGCUGCGCGCUGCAUGCGAAAAGGUGAAGCGUGCCGAAGAGGCUCAAUUUCUGCUGGAAGCUCAAAUUGUGGCGCGGCCGCUGAGAGGAGGCGAGAGAAUCAGACGCACUCAGAGUUUCGUACCGACGACAAAGGAGAGGCCGCUCUUGGAGAAGCUUGAAAGCAGCAGGCCCGUGACGUUGCAGAAAAAUCUCUGAUACGCGUGGGCUUCCAGCCGAGAAAGAAAACGCAGCAUUUAUCAACGCCCGAGUUGCAUUUAAGUUUUCCACCAAAUAGAGAGACACAAAGAGCCUGAUAGAAACUAUAUUGUACGUCGAGAGGCAACUAUAUUUUAUCUCCGUGAGAAACACGGGAGAUUUUCCACGCGCGAGCUCCGAUCAGGGUAUACGAAUUCGACAGUUCCUUAUAUCCCCGACAUCGUCCGCUUGCCUCUUCCGCGAUUUUAGCCAAAAAAAUAUUGGUAUCGCAUAGUAUUAAUAUUGCGUGUACACCGUAUUACGCGAACUACUCUUCAUUCCUGAUUCGUCUCAAAACUGACGCAGUUUUCGCAGAUCUUGUAAAUCUCGAAAUACACUUCUGAGGUAUGCAUACAAUGUACACCAGGUAGUGUAGAUAUAUACUUUGUUCUCAGUCGUUUUCAUUAAAUCAAAACAAUAUCUAACAAGUUUAAUUCCGUUGAAAUGUAUAUACAAAGCUACUGAAUCUUUUUGCUAAUGUAUACGCACGCUAGAAUAUUUUUCACAACUAUCUUAUGAAACGGACUAAAGAUUGCCUAAUAUUUUACCCGAGUCGAAUUAGAUUUUUUACUUGAGUCGGAUAAAAUUUGAUAAUAUAUUUAUAUACAUAAGCGACGUAAAAGAAAAACGAAAUACUAUGUUUUUACUAAUUGUAAGUAAAGAUCGAUCGUUAUUGAUCAAACAUAUACUGCACAUGGCUGACCCGCGGCAGACCCAGUGUGUUGUUAUCUUUGAGAAGAAUUUGUAUCUUGUUAAGAAUAAACG